AUGACGGGCCCCAUGAGGCCGAAGUCGAAGGAGCAGUGCCCGGAUGGAGGAAGGCACGACGCUGUCGGAGACCCGGGAACGUGCCGAGGUCACGGUGGCGGCUUCACCGCGAGCAGCCUGACCUGCGUGGUGCUGUGCUGCGGUCUGGCCUCCUUCGCCUCCGCGGCCGCGGUGCUCGUGUGCCUGCGUGCGCCCGCGGGGGCCGAGGGCCAGCCCCCUCGAGGCCCCAGGCCCAGGGAAGAGGGCGAGGCCCUCCGGGCGCUGCUGCUCAGCUCGGAGAGACCUCCGCGCGGGCAUCCGAAUGAUUACGUUUCUGCAGUUUUGUCGUCCUCCGCCAGCGGCAGCACCUUGGGAGAGACGAAGGGCACCCCACAGAAGGUCGAGGGGCCACAGCCAGAAGCCAGAACUUCGUGGAGUGUGGUCGCCCCUGCGAUGGUCAUACAUUUCCUCUACGUCUUCGCGCGGGCCUGCGUCGACUGCUUCUUCGUCGUGUUCUGCGCUGAGCGCUUCGGGCUGCAGCCCGCCGCGCUCGGCCGGCUGAUGACGGCGCAGGCUUUCCUGAUGUUUUUAAAUUCCACGGUCCUGUACAAGCGGAUCGUGCGCGCCACCGACGUGCUCAGCACCGCUGCGGCCGGGAUGGCGAUCGUCUGCCUCAGCCUGCUGGGCCUCGGCCGGGCCGAGUCGGUGUCGGCCCUCGUCUGGACGAUGGUGCUGUACGCCAUGGGCGCGCCCCUCUUCAACCCGAGCAUCACAAUACUUCUGGUGCGCCUGGUGCCCCGUCGGCGGCGCGGCCGGGUGCUGGGGCUGGACCAGGCGGGGUGCUCCGUGUUCCGGAUCCUCUCGCCGGCGCUGAUGGGGCUGCUCUUCCGGGACAGUCUUCCUGCCACGUUCGUGGCCUCGGGCGCUGUGAUGUUCGUCGCCGCACUGCUCGCCACGCUCCUGCGCAGCAGCGUCCCCGCGGCGCGCGGCUGA